GUUGCCGCCGCUGCUACCAUGCUCUCCACUCGCAUCCCGCUCGCCGCCCGCCACGACCAGCCCGGCGCAGCGCCCGCCAAGAGCCUCUCGCCUAUGAAACACCUGGCGCUGAGCGACAAGGAAAAUACGCCCCCCGCGCUCAGCAGCUCCCGUGUCCUGGCCAGCAAAGCGGCCCGAAAGAUCUUCCAGGAGAGCGACGGGAAGCCGGCGCCGCGGGGUGUGGAGGAGGAGCCACUGCUGCGGGAGAACCCCCGCCGCUUUGUCAUCUUCCCCAUCCAGUACCACGACAUCUGGCAGAUGUAUAAGAAAGCCGAGGCUUCCUUCUGGACGGCGGAGGAGGUGGAUCUUUCCAAGGACAUCCAGCACUGGGAGUCCCUGAAACCUGAGGAGAAGUACUUCAUUUCUCAUGUCCUUGCUUUCUUUGCUGCCAGUGAUGGCAUUGUCAAUGAGAACUUGGUGGAGCGGUUCAGUCAAGAAGUACAGGUCACUGAAGCCCGUUGUUUCUAUGGCUUCCAGAUUGCCAUGGAAAAUAUACAUUCAGAAAUGUACAGUCUUCUCAUUGACACCUACAUUAAAGAUUCUAAAGAGAGGGAAUUUCUUUUUAAUGCUAUUGAAACAUUACCAUGUGUUAAAAAGAAGGCUGACUGGGCCUUGCGGUGGAUUGGGGACAAGAAAGCAACAUACGGAGAACGUGUAGUAGCUUUUGCAGCAGUGGAAGGAAUCUUCUUUUCUGGCUCUUUUGCAUCAAUUUUUUGGCUGAAGAAAAGAGGACUAAUGCCUGGACUCACCUUUUCUAACGAACUCAUCAGUAGAGAUGAGGGCUUGCAUUGCGAUUUUGCCUGCCUCAUGUUCAAGCACUUGAUACGCAAACCGUCAGAGGAGAGGGUAAAGGAAAUCAUCAUGAAUGCUGUUCUCAUAGAACAGGAAUUCUUGACGGAAGCAUUGCCUGUAAACCUGAUUGGCAUGAACUGCACUUUAAUGAAACAGUACAUAGAGUUUGUAGCAGACCGGCUUAUGUUGGAACUGGGAUUUAACAAGAUCUACAAAGCAGAGAAUCCUUUUGACUUCAUGGAAAACAUCUCUCUGGAAGGCAAGACCAAUUUCUUUGAGAAGCGAGUAGGUGAAUAUCAGAGGAUGGGAGUAAUGUCGAACCCUGCAGACAACUCUUUCACCCUGGAUGCAGAAUUUUAAAUGGACUGAGACCAUAUUAGUUAGUGUGGGUGCUCCCCUGUUUACAGGGUAACAUUAAAUCUAUUGAGUCACAGUGUGACUUGAUUCCUCUACUAAAAUCCCACUCUUGAAAAAUGUGGUGAUAUUGGUGCUUUUUAGGAGGCUAGUGUAGCUCCAGCAGUAAAAGCCCUUAUUAGACUUUGCCAGUGGUGUUCAUAGGAUGUUUAGAUGAAUCUGUUACAACAAAUCCUACUUCAUUUUGCAUCUCCUGGAAGAUGGGAGGUUAUGGGCGGUGACCACUAGCUUCUGCUGUUCUCACCGUAAUCAAAGGAGCAGUUGAGAAGUUCUAAUUUUAAAUUUGCUGGAUACUCUACAGGAAACUUCUGGAGGCAGCUACAUGACCUCACUGCUUUCUUAGCAGGUUUUAAGUUUAUCUUUUUUUUAUUAUUGUUUUAAUAGUUUGUAUAUAAACCUGGCACUUUAAAGUAAAUGUCUUGUCAUACUCAACAAUUGUAAAAUAAAAGUCUAA